AGAGGCCAGGCUGAUUUGUCUUGGGCCCUGGCUCCUCCUCAGUGGCUCAGAGGGAAGGCCUUGUCGGAGCCCCUGGUCAGAGGCAGGACAGCUGCAAGGAGCCAAGGUGGUGGAAUUCCUGGGCGGCUCCCCUUUCCCCUCUAGCUGAUGCAAUCUCUGGGUUCUGUCCGGCUUGGAAGCUGCAAUCUGGUGGACUGAGUUGCUCAAGGACUCUGCCCCGGAGCCAAGGAGGCGCCAGGACUCUGCGCAGGCGCAAGUUUCGUCUUGGGCCGCACCGCCCGAGGGGGAUGGGAAAGGCCUUUGAUCCGAGCUACGAUUGGCCAAGGUUUCGUGGGUCUCGGUCUGUGAUUGGCUGGACAUGGGAGCCGGAUGGGGCCGAACCGUGGGGGACGGAGGCCGAGCGGAGGCGUAGGGAGCCGCCGGGGCGGGGAUUGCCCCGAGACAGUCUUACCCGGAGCCCUGUGGGAACUGCAGCCUCCUCCGCCGCGGAGGACUUGCCUCGCGCUACCUCUGUCUGUACGCCCCGGAACGGGAUCGGAACCCGAGCCGCCGCCAUGGCAGCCACCCUCCUCAUGGCCGGCUCCCAGGGGCCUAUGACAUUUGAAGAUAUGGCUAUGUAUCUCACUCGGGAAGAAUGGAGGCCUCUGGAUCCAACUCAGAGGGACCUUUACCGGGAUGUUAUGCAGGAGAAUUAUGGAAAUGUAGUCUCCUUAGAUUUUGAUAUCAGGAGUGAGAAUGAGGCGAAUCCAAAGGUGAUAUCUGAAGACAUAGAAUUUGGGGACAUAUCAGGAAGGCCGAUUGACAGUGCUCACCAGAAUCCUGAGUGUGAAGAAGCCUUUGAAAGUGGGGACAAGUCAGAAGGACAGUGGGGAGAUAUAACAGGAGACGAGUGGGUAAACUAUCCUCUUCAACAAGUUACAGAUCUCCUUGUCCACAAGGAAGUCCAUGGAGAUAUAAGAUUUCAUAUAUGCUCUCAGUGUGGAAAGGCUUUCAAUCAAAUCUCAGACCUGAAUCGACAUCAGAGAACUCAUACUGGAGAGAGACCCUAUAAAUGUUAUGAUUGUGGGAAGAGCUUUAGCCGAAGCUCCCAUCUCAUUCAGCAUCAGAGAACACACACUGGGGAGAAACCGUAUGAUUGUAGUGAAUGUGGGAAAAGCUUUGGUCGAAGUUCACACCUCAUUCAGCACCAGACAAUUCAUACUGGAGAGAAACCCCACAAAUGUAAUGAAUGUGGCAAAAGUUUCUGCCGUGUCUCACACCUUAUUCAGCACCAGCGGACCCACAGUGGAGAGAAGCCUUAUGAAUGUGAGGAGUGUGGGAAAAGCUUCAGCCGCAGCUCUCACCUGGCUCAACACCAGAGGACACAUACUGGUGAGAAGCCCUAUGAAUGUAAUGAAUGUGGGAGAAGUUUCAGUGAAAGGUCAGAUCUCAUCAAGCACUACAGAGUUCACACAGGAGAAAGACCCUACAAAUGUGAUGAAUGUGGAAAAAACUUUAGUCAGAAUUCAGAUCUUAUUCGCCAUCGGAGAGCCCAUACAGGGGAGAAACCAUAUAGAUGUAACGAAUGUGGGGAAAAUUUCAGCCGGAUCUCACACUUGGUUCAACACCAGAGAACCCACACUGGUGAAAAGCCCUAUGAAUGCAAUGAGUGUGGAAAAAGCUUUAGCCGGAGUUCCCAUCUCAUUACACAUCAGAAAAUUCACACUGGAGAGAAGCCCUAUGAAUGUAAUGAAUGUUGGAGAAGCUUUGGUGAGAGGUCAGAUCUUAUUAAACACCAGAGAACCCAUACUGGAGAAAAGCCCUAUGAAUGUGUGGAAUGUGGAAAAGGCUUUACCCAGAGCUCCAACCUUAUCACACACCAACGAGUUCAUACUGGAGAGAAACCAUAUGAAUGCACCGAAUGUGACAAAAGUUUCAGUCGAAGUUCAGCUCUUAUUAAACAUAAGAGAGUUCAUACAGACUGAGUCCCUUACUUGUGAUUACAUGGGAAUGAUUUUUGGCAAAGAACAGAGAAUUUUAAAUUAGUGAGCUCCCUCUGAAUCAAGCUUCUUUCACUAUAUUGAGUUUUCUAGUUGUGAGUCAUAAUUUAAAUUUUGAAGAAGAUGGAGUCAUUUGGAGGUCUGAUCUAAGGCUUUGAAAUCUCAAUUUUUUUCUUCCUUAAAAAUAACAAAUCAGAAUCCUUUUUUAAUUCAACAAUAAUGAAUCGCUCAGAUAAAAGUAUAAACCAAGUGACUGAAGAUCUGCAGUCCCAGGAAGAAACACUGGCCAUGGUGGCUAUUUGGACUAGGGACUAGAGUGACAACAUUUUAGCAGCUCUUUACUCCCCUGACCCAUAUUGUACCCUGGGGAAAGUGUGGAAUUGUAAUAGAUGGUGAACUGCCUCAGAAGAAGGCAAUCAGGAACUCUUCCCUGAAUAACCAUACCUAUACAAGCCUCAUUAAUUCAACAUACACAUUUUAUCCCAUCAAGGGCUUUGUUCUUGAGUUGCCUAUAUAUCCAUCCAUACGUAGAGUUUUUCUUCUGCUUUCCUGAGAGCAGGACUCUGCACGUUGGACAGUCAUUACAGCAUUUAUCCUUCCUGUUUUCAUUUCUAUUUAUUCAUUGUAAUAUUUUAGCUUUUGUUAAAACACUUUUAAGGAACAAAAAAGAUCAAAAGGGAAAGUGAGCAGUGGGGUUAGGGAAAGAUAAUUUCCUCCCUGCUCCCAAUGAGUGACUCUGGCAAGAUUUGCUCUGUGUUAUUAUCAUCAUUAAUCAGAAUUUACUAAUUAUCUUUUGGGAUGACUGUAGGGUAUAGUUUUGGGGGCACCCUCUUCAAGGAAGACAGGGCAGUGGAAUCUAACCACAGCCACAAUGAGAGGUGAAAAUGGACCCUUGAGGAAAGAGGAAGGAAGGUGGCUGCCUUCACUUGCAAAGUACUGGUGUUUUGUGCUCCAUCUCCUCCACCCUUUAAGAUUCCUGACUGUUGAUUGAUCUAAGGAGUAAGGAGCCUGGAUUCCAAGUUUCCUCCAUACUAACUAGGAUUUGAUAAGGGAUGGUUUCCAGUACUUAACUUCUUACAUGAGGCCUUCUAGGCAUACCAUCAACCCCAUACUUGCUUAUGGUUCUACAAGACAGUUGAGACUGUCAGGAUCACACGGUGUAAGCAUGGUGUGAAAUGGAUAUGCUUUCAUGUGAUGGAAGUCAGAAUUUAACUCACAGGGGUGAGAAAUGGAUUUUUUAAAAAACACUGGUGCCCUGGGACUCACUCUCAUGUAAGAGGCUAGCAUAUACUUGUUUGUGUAGCUAGAUUGUUGAGGGGAUGACUACCUGAACAGAUUGAUACAGUCCUGUAAUUGAAAACAGAACCAGAAAACUGGACACAUUGUUCUGGUAGAGAAGAAUGGGCAAAUCAAGACAGGUCUUUGUUACCGUCUUUUAAAUGAAAAGCAAAUGCAGAUGGAUAGGAGAUUUCCAGAACAGGUGGUUAGAGUUCACCCUCUCUCUGGGUAAGAUUUCAGAGCCAUUCCUAAAUCUCCAGCGUGGCAGUGGGGAGAGGUAGGAACUAGGAAAAGGAGAGAUUUGGAUUCUUUGCAGGAAUCCUCCUAACUUUUUAUGUUGUUCUAUAUCGUGACCGUAGUACUGUUUUUUAAAAAAACCUUUUGUUCUAUCUAGCUGGAGUAUUCUAGGGGCCCUUUGGGAAUGGAAUGCUCAACUGAAUCAUCGUGACCUUGAGCUUUACUGGCCUGAGGAUUCUAUUGUUUUCUAUGAAACUUGACCUCCAGACCAAACCAUAAGGACUACAGCCACACACACAACAAACACAUGUUUCUUUAGUUGCCUAGCUUCGUUAAGUAUAAUUCCUUUUUUUUUUUUUUUUUGUGAGGCAAUUGGGGUUAAGUGACUUGCCCAGGGUCACACAGCUAGUAAGUGUUAAGUGUCUGAGGCUGGAUUUGAACUCAGGUCCUCCUGAAUCCAGGGCUGGUGCUCUAUCCACUGCACCACCUAGCUGCCCCUAAGUAUAAUUCCUAAAGGUCAGGAAUCACAUUUUAUGGUUUUGUUUUGUUUUUUCUUCAAGAAACACCUAGAUCAUUUGAGGUACAGCUCAAAUAUUUUAAUUAUUCUGGGAGAUAAAGAGAUCUCUCUUCUGACACUAAAAGUCGAAUACAUUUUGUCCCAUAUCAGUGUUCCUGAUCAUUGUAAUGAGAAUCACGAGUUCCACACCCCUUGCCCCCCAGAUCAUUUUUGGGGGUUGCCAGAAUAUUCUACAUCUUUCCCUCCACCACUGCUGCUGUUGCUGCUAGCUUCUUGCUGGAGGUGAGAGGCUUAGAAGGCUCCAGUCGUUGCUCCAUAAUUUGUGCACGCUUGCUGGUGAGGUUUUGGUUUUGAGGGGAGGGGUAGGGCAAGGAAUGAAGAGGACAGGUCACUCAAACUCUGGCCCCUACCACCACCUCCCUCUGCCGGGUGCUGCUCCCACCAUUGUCAUCAUGUGCUUUCUUGAGUAGAAGUUUUGCGUUAAGUACCCUCUUCUUUGGCGACUUCUGCAUGCCCUGUGCCCCCGAGCUCCUGAACACCUCUGCCCACACUCUGAACACUUUGUGCCUGUUUUCUCUGGUUGUGGAGAAUGAGUGAGCCAGUAAGUAGGGCAGUUUUUGCUUUUGAGGUAUUGGUAAAAAGUUAUACUAGUGUUUAUCUACAUUUGUAUUAUUCUAACAAUAUUCUAUAAUGAAAAAUAGACUUUUUAAAUGCAGAAGAUGUCAAAAAUCAUUUUAGUAACUCAGCCCUGGUUAGUAUUAUCUGCUUCAAAUACAUUAAAGCUCAGUGUGAACGCAUCCAGGUGUUAGGAACUUAAAAGAUUAGAGCCGGAAGAGACUUUAGAGGCUGUGUGGUCCAAACCCCUCAUUCUCUACGUGAGAAAACUGAGGGCUGAGUAGGUGAAGUGAUUUGUCCAAGCUUACACAGUCAGGCAGUAGCAGAUCCAGGAUUUGGAGUGAGGACCUUUGAUGUCAGAUCUGGUGCUCUUAGUAAUUAAUACACUAUGCUGUCUGCUCUACCUAGGUGCAGUAGGGACACCAGUUGUGUGGAGAUUCCAGUGAAUAGUGUCUUUGGAUGAACUACUUUUUUAAAACUUUGCAAACAACUCUAUUGCCUUUUCUCAGGCAGCUUGCAAAACCUGGUAAGAUUCUGUGACGGCUGUGCUGAUGGCAAAAUCAGCUGGAAGAGUUGGGUAUGGUUGAUUCACCAUUUUUUUUUGGGGGGGGGGGAAUGAUCAAAUUUGCAAAAGAAAGGUGUUGCUGCUUCAGGAACAUACCUUGGAGUACCAACCUACAGCACUAAAACCCAGGAUGUAUAUAACUAGGACCCCUGAGCACUAAGACUAAGAUGGUUCAUGCAAGUGGGAAGGUCACUGUGCACCCCCCCAGAGAUAUGUAGGCAUAAGGCAAUACCCAUCCCCAGCUGUGCCACCAGGGGCUUGACA